CUUUCUCUUGGGCCUCUUCUGACCUCAGACUUCGACUCCAACAUCCUGUCUUGUUUCUGAUCGCAUUUUCCUUCUUUUUGGCAUUGCUUGCUUGUUGUACUACUUCUCUCACUUCUCUGUGUAUUCUGUGUCUUUCCUUGAAUCCCAUUUUCGUCCGCCUGCUCCUUUUCUCUCUCGCUCCAGCAAAUCCCCCGCCUUGCCUUUCUUUGAUCAGCAUUCAUACAUCCUUAUUUUAAAUCGUCUACUCUUUCCUAUCCAUGCAACAGAAUACAAUUGACCUGCUAUCAAAUGAUCCUGCCCCAUUUGUCCUCCAGGUAGAUCCUUGACCGGAUCAUGCGUCUCUUACAAUGCCUUCUCACUGCAGCGCAUCUUUUCUCGGGCGUCACAGCCUUUGUUCCUUAUAGUUUUAAAUUCCCGGAUGUUCCCUCUGACUCCACAGACACACUCGAGCGUCGUUUUGUGCCAUUGAAUCUGUUAUCCGGUGAUCGUCCGCAAGAUCAUGUGGACGCCGCCUCUGGUGAUGAUACCCUGACCCUCGAUGUCAGGAGGGUUCCAGUUCGUCGCGAUAAUAGAUACAAGGUGGUUUUGGCCGAUACUCCCACCGCUUCCGACACUGUUGCUCUUAACCAGGACGGCUACGAUUUUUCAUACUUCUCAACGGUGAAUAUCGGUUCUCCGGGCCAGCCAGUAUGGAUGAUGUUGGACACAGGUGGCGCAAACACCUGGGUUUUCGGCGCGGAUUGCACGGCCACAGCCUGCGAACUACACAAUACUUUUGGCGAAAAUUCAUCCCCGACGGUGAAUAUGACAUCCAACUCAUGGAGUGUGGGAUAUGGGACUGGCCAGGUCAGCGGUGUUCUUGCUACGGAUAACCUGAGGAUUGCCGAGAUUGAGGUGCGGAUGACUUUUGGUCUGGUCUAUAAUGCGUCUGAUGACUUCAAAAGUUAUCCGAUGGACGGUAUUAUAGGCCUGGGACGGGCUAACGAUAGCUCCAUGGGCCAACCAACUUUCAUGGACGUUGUCUUAGAGCAGAGUAAUCUCACUUCAAACAUUGUUAGUUUCUGCCUAUCGCGCAGCUCGGAUGGAGGAAAGGAUGGGACGGUGACAUUUGGUGGUGUGGAUACGACCAAGUACACGGGAAAUAUCACAUAUACUGACAUCGUGUCGACGAGCAUUCAUUGGUCCAUCCCUCUGGACGAUGUUAGCAUCAACGGUGUUGCAUGUGGGUUUUCUGGUAAAUCCGCCAUCAUUGAUACAGGGACGUCGUAUGCCCUGGUUCCUCCAGAUGAUGCCAAGGCAUUACACGCACUCAUCCCGGGUUCUCAAGCCUACUCGGAUGAGAACUGGAUCAUUCCUUGCAACUCGACGGCUGUUGUACAGGUUACCUUCUCAGGAGUCAGCUACACCAUCUCCCCUAAGGAUUAUAUUGGGUCCAAGGCAGAAUCUGGCUGUGUUUCGACCAUCAUCGGCCGCGCAUUGUUUGGAGACGAUGUUUGGAUCCUAGGCGACACCUACCUCAAAAAUGUCUACUCUGUCUUUGACUUUGACCACAAACGCAUCGGCUUUGCCCAGCGCUCUUACUCCCCAUCUUCAACCACCACAUCCCUUGCGGCCACUCCCACGGAUACAUUCGCUUCCGAAUCGUCUAGUUCAAACACCACUAACACUACCAGCGCUACUCCAACUUCCGCGCAACAUACCGGGACAGGAAGCGCCAGCUCCAGCUUCCCCCCCAUAUACUACUGGCCCGCUUUGGCCAUUUUAUCCAUGCUUUCUCUUUAACCGAAUUUUCUGGCAUUGACCGUGUUUUUUACAUACUCUACUUUCCUCCUCCUAUGUCUAUAUACUUGCUUCAUACCCUGGGCGCCCGUUUGCCUAUAUGUAUUUUUAAUCAAGCACUGCAUGUUGACCCAUGGCAUUUGCUCUAUACGCGAAGCAACCCCUCUGGCCAUGAAUAUAUACAACUUGCAUUCUUCUUCACUAGAUUUGGUUGCACCCAACUCGAUCUGAAAUGCAUACGUAAAUAAAAUUUGCGAAUUAACCUCUGCACAACGGCUCAAAUCCUAACCCCAGGCCCGACAUACCUAAAUGAACCGAUCAAAGUCUUUGAAGCUACUUCGAGAGUGUCCAGUGAGUGUCCUAGUUACUAGCACUUCAUUUUGACGGGGUUUAUACAAGACAAGCGCUUUUUUUCACCCUUGGCGCAAAUAGGGUUAUAGUUUCCAUUGGA